UUAAGAUGGCGCUCCGGCCCGGAUCAGGGGGAGGUGGCAGUUUCAUGUACCCUGUUGGAGGGGGACUUGGACCACCACAAGGAAUGAUGCCCAUGCAGCAACAGCAGCAACAGCAGGGAUUUCCCAUGGUCCCGGUCAUGCAGCCCAAUAUGCAAGGCAUGAUGGGAAUGAAUUUUGGAGCCCAGAUGCCAGCUGGACCGAUGCCCAUGCAGGGCGGCAUGGCCAUGGGGAUGCAAGCACCAGGUAUGCAGUUCAUGGGUCAGCCACAGUUCAUGGGAAUGAGGCCCACGGGGCCACAGUACCCUGCCGACCUGCAGAAACAGAUGGCUGAGGAGCACCAAAAGCGCCUGGAGCAGCAGCAGCGCAUGCUAGAGGAAGAUCGGAAGAGGAGGCAGUUUGAAGAGCAGAAGCAGAAACUGCGUCUCCUGAGCAGUGUCAAACCCAAAACUGGAGAGAAGAGUCGAGAUGAUGCACUGGAAGCCAUAAAAGGGAAUUUAGAUGGCUUCAGCAGAGAUGCAAAGAUGCAUCCCACUCCAUCUUCUCAAUCUAAGAAACCAGACUCAUCGCCAUCUCACUCCUCUGUUCCACCACACUCCCACUCCCCUGCUUUUGCAGAGGAUGAUGAUGAAUUUAGUGACUUUAUACAAGGCCCUGUUGAGGCCUGUUUUCCCACUUCCUCCCUCCCUCUGCCCUCCUCUUCCUCAGGUGUCAAUAGGUCACCUUUAGAGGCAGGACCUGGGCAGCGGCCCUCUUCCAGCCCUCUCCCUUUUUCCCAUGCUCCCUCUCUGACCACACUCACUGUCCCUCACCACUCUUCUGUCAUCUCCAGCUCCCAAUCUACAUUCCAAGGCCCCUCUCUGGAGGAGAAGCUCUUCUCCUCGUGCGAUCUAACAGCUGAUAAAAAGGCUCAGGUUAACUUUAAGCCCUGCCAGACCAUGUCAGAGCUGGCUCCCAAAGCUCAGGUAUCAGUGCACUUCCAGAGUAGCACCAGAGCUCGCAACUGGGCCCAUUACCCUGAUGACCUCAGUGCUGCCUUCACUUUGGAGAAGACUCCUGAACCUCCAGCUGCCUCCCCAGCUCCCACAGCAGCAGACGCUCGGCCCGAACAGGCAUCAAGUGCUAGUGCAGGUGUUGGUGUCUAUCCUCAACAAGAAAUGCAGUCCUUGUUGCCAGCCUGGCUCUACAAUGACUCUCUCAUUCCAGAGAUGUUCAAGAAGGUUCUGGAGUUUACAAUGACCCCAGCAGGCAUCGACACAGCCAAACUCUAUCCCAUACUGAUGUCAUCAGGUCUGCCCCGGGAGGCUCUGGGUCAGAUCUGGGCCUCAGCCAAUCGUACCACACCAGGCAAGCUGACCAAGGAGGAGCUGUACACUGUGCUGGCCUUGAUUGGAGUAGCACAGAGUGGACUUCCAGUGAUGAGUCUGGACAUCCUGAGUCAGUUCCCUACUCCUCCAGUGCCCAAUUUGCCUGCAAUGGCCAUGACUAUGCCGGCUGUCCUGACGCACCAGCAGCCUAUAAUGCCCCCUGCUUCGCCUGCUGUCAUGCCAAUGGCCUCCAACUCACUGGCACAACCAUCCAACAGCUUCAUCGCCAACUUCCCACCUGUCCAGGGAACCAAGGUAGAUGAUGAUGAUUUCCAGGACUUUCAGGAGGCUCCAAAAGCUGGAGAUGAUUCAUUCACUGAUUUUCAAGGAGAAACAGGAGGAACAUUCCCCCCUGUAACCUCCUCUCAAAGCAGCAUUCCAGCCAUGCUGACUCCAGUCUCUAGCUCUUCAACCUCGUCUACCUCUGAUAAGUAUGCAGUGUUUAAACACCUGUCAGUGGAGCAUCCUACAGAACCCACACCUCCUGUCUCAGAUCAUGGAGACAAAUACAGUGUGUUCAGAGAGCUGGAGCAGCCAUCAGACAGAAAACCAGUUGGGGAAGGUUUUGCUGAUUUCAAGUCCGUCGGUGCCGAUGACGGCUUCACCGACUUUAAAACGGCCAACAGCACUUCUCCACUAGACCCCCCAGACCAGGCCAAGACAUUCCAACCCGCUUCAUUUCCACUUCCUUUCGCCUCCUCUCACUCUCUUUCGCAAUCUCAGACCCAUCCAACUUCUCUGGCACAGCCUAAAAACCCUCUGAACAUGUCAGACCUGGACCUCUUCUCCUCCAUCGUUCCUCCUUCCACUGUCGACUCUAAAGCCACCUGUUUUUCCAAUUCCUCCUCCUCUUCCUCAACGGUGCCCUCACUGCUCCUUCCUUCCACAGGCCCCAAGCCUGACGACUUUGGUGACUUUGCACUCUUUGGCUCCUCCUCCUCCUCAUCUUCUGCCUCUGAGGCAGCCGCCUCAGCUCAGAGAGGAUCCGGGGCAGGAGGAGCCGCGGUACAGGACGACUUUGCCGAUUUCCUGUCGUUUGGCAACCCUGGGAAGCAGCCGAACGAGAGCGGCAAGGAGAGUGAUGACUUUGCUGACUUUCAGUCGUCCAAAUUCCAAGAAAAGAGCUUAGUAGACAAGAUGGCUGCCUUCAAACAGGCCAAGGAGGACUCUGCUUCGGUUAAAUCGUUGGACCUGCCAUCUAUCGGAGGCAGCAGCGUGGGAAAAGAUGACUCGGAGGAUGCACUCUCUGUGCAGUUGGACAUGAAGUUAUCAGACGUAGCUGGAGAGCUAAAGCACGGUGCAUCUGACAGUUCAUUGGACCUGCCAGGCCUGAGCUCCCAUCAGCCCCCCGCUGCAGGUUUCUGUUCUCUUUCAGAGGUCGAUGAGCUCAAGUUUGAUCCGUUUGGGAACCCUGGCCUCAGCAGCCUGACCAGCUACGAUUGGUCCGACAAAGACGACCCCCCGUCCGGUCAGGGUACGAAAGCCCAGGUAGUUCCAGCAUCUGGUGCGCCCUCCUCGGCCACGCUUCACAAGAAGGAGACGUCGUUCGGAAGUUCGGAGAACAUCACACACACUACACUUGAAAAAGUCACCACGUUCCCUAUUGAGGACACAGGGUUCGCCGACUUUGCAGAUUUCAGCUCCGCCCAGCAUCCACCCCGAGAGGAAGAGGAUGAUGAUUUUGGUGACUUCGCCAGCACCGUUUCCGAAAAAUCCGAUGCAGCUGACGCAGGUCUUGAGGCCGCGCAUCCUGAGGCGCCAGAUGACUUUGGCGCUUUCCAGGCAGACAAGCCCAAGUUUGGCAAAUCAGACUUCCUCAAGGCGAGCGCUCAGCCCAAAGCAAAAUCCAGUGAGGAGAUGAUCAAGAAUGAGCUCGCCACGUUUGAUUUGUCCGUGCAAGGGUCCCAUAAGCGCAGUCACAGUCUAGGGGAGAAGGAGAUCUGCUCCACACCUGCUCCUGAGCAGCAAUUCCGCGAUCGCUCUAACACCUUGAGUGAGAAACCGGCGCUGCCGGUCAUCCGGGACAAGUACAAGGACUUAACAGGAGAGGUGGAGGAGAGCGAGCGCUAUGCGUAUGAAUGGCAGAGGUGCUUGGAGAGCGCUCUUCAGGUGAUCGCCACAGCCAACAACACCCUUAAUGGUAUCAGCAGUUCCACCGUGUGCACUGAGGUCAUCCAGUCAGCACAGGGCAUGGAGUACCUGCUAGGUGUGGUGGAGGUGUACCGUGUAGCCAGGCGAGUGGAGCUGGGUAUCAAGGCUACGGCUGUGUGCUCAGAGAAACUGCAGGAGCUGCUGAAAGACAUCAGCCGUGUGUGGAACAACCUCAUGGGCUUCAUGUCUCUGGCCAACCUCUCACCUGAUGAAAGCUCUCUGGACUUCUCCUCCUGUAUCCUGAGGCAUGGCAUCAAGAAUGCCAAGGAGCUGGCCUGUGGAGUGUGUCUGCUCAACGUGGAUUCACGCAGCAAGAAGAAAGAGGAGAACACAUUUGGACGUCUCUUUAAAAAAGACAUAGGAUCCUGGACCUUACAGCAAUUCACAUAUGAGCCUCACCAUCUGAGCCUGGAACCUGAUUGUAAUUAACCUUUGAGCCGAAUUCUGUCCCAUUCAGACGACCUUUUCACCAUCUGUGGACCUCCUACUGCCUGUGGAAUAUGUCAACAUGAAAUUAGCCUUUUUAAUUAUGGAAAUGUCCAUUGCAGUGUCAUGUACUUGGUGAAUGAACAUGCAGAGAAAAGAAGAGAUGAAAAUGAAGAGAGAAGUCAGUGGAUCAUCAGACAUGUCUGUAAUAGGCUGAAAUGAAGAAUUAUUUCCACCUAGUCAUGUGGAAGCAGCACAAUGAAUAAAAUCAUGCAGGCCAAGAGCCUCUGUUGAAGUCCACAUCCAAAUCGGUUAGUUGUCCAAUCUCCAACUGUCCAGUUUGGGUGAGAUUGUUCCCACUGUAUUUUGAGAUUCCUGUUGUUGGCUGAUUGGAGAGAAGCCUAGUGUGGUCUUCUGUUGUUAGAGCUCAUCCACCUCAAGGUUUGACAUGCUGUGCAUGCUGAGAUGCUUUUCUGCUCACCACGUUUAAACUGAAUGAUUGAGUUACUGUAGACUUUGUUAGCUCUGAAGCAGCCUGACCAUUCUUCUCUGACCUCUACCAUCUACCCCCCGCAGAACUGCUGCCCACUGGAUUCCGAGUAAACCUUAGAGACUGUCAUCACACUUUCCCCAUUUUGACAUUUCAUCUGUAGUUCCUGAGCUGUAUCUGCAUGAUUUUAUGUAUUUGUCCUGCAGCCACUUGAUUAGCCGAUUGAAUCGUUUUCAUGAAUAAGCAGGGUGGGUGUGCAGGUGUUCCUAUUAAAGUGGCCAGGGAGUGUAUAUAUAUUACAGCCUCUUUCUGUGUAGGAGGGUAUGAUUCACCCCACAUGAGUCAUGGAUUUCACCAGGAAUGCAAACCCUUGAUCCUCAUAGCAUGCGUGCACACACACACACACACACACACACACGCACGCACACACACACACACGCACACACACACGCACGCACACACACACACACACACACACGCACACGCACGCACACACACACACACACACGCACACACACACGCACGCACACACGCACACACACACACACACACACACAGAGCAGCAGCUGUGGCUUUCAGGAAGAUAGCGUGAAUUUGGCUUGUUGAGCGAACUUCUUAGCAUGCUCAUUUUCCGCUUCCAUAUAUAGACACUAUGAUGGAAAGUGACAGUCUGUAUCUCCUUUAAAUCAUGUGAGGCAGUCACCAUACAUGCGUACUACCCUAACCACACCAGAAAAGUGUCCUCAGUGUGUGUGUGUCCCAAAAGUGUAUAAUAUUGAUUAUUAUGUAUAGAAUUGAUUUCAUUGGGCGCAAUGCAUUUAUAGAUAUAGAUUUACUGAUUCAGCUGAGGUUCUUUUCCCUGUAGGAUGUUCACAGUGUCUCUGUAAAGUGUUAAUAUCCAACCCCAGUCUGAACAGAUCACACUCCUACACUGACUGGUGCUUUGACGUGCAAAGCAACAACAAUUACAUGCAGAAAAGCACUGAUUCUUUGUUCAAAUGCUAAUUAAUGUAAACGCUUUCUGUUUCUUCUCUUCCCUGCCGGCUCGUACGCGGCGGACAGGCUUUUAACUCCGAGACAGAUAACUUCAAGCUGACCUACGGCGGGCACCAGUACCACGCUAGCUGCGCUAAUUUCUGGAUUAACUGUGUAGAGCCCAAGCCUCCUGGCCUCAUCCUUCCUGACCUGCUGUGAUUUCUCUGACCCGCCUCUGUGGCUGUGGAACAAGGUCAAACUGGUCUGCUUCUUCUUCUUCUUCUUCUUCUUCUUCUUCUUCUAUUUCCCGUCUGUGAUUUCCUCCAGAAACCCUUCUGCUUCUUCAACUUGGCCUGUUAUGGUACUCAGUGUUUUGUGAAUGUUUGCUGAUGUAAAGAAACAAGACAAUUAAUAAUUUAUUGACAUGUAUUUUGAACUUUUUGGCUUUGUAUUUUUGUUCUACUGAAUGAGAGAAACCUGACAGACAUCUACAAAGAAAGAUGAACAGAUCCGAUGAUGAUGAUUUUAAGUUCAUUGCAUAAUGUGAAAGAAGCGUGGCUUAUACUGUAGUAUUUAUAUUGGACACAUGUUCAAUGACUGAGUUACAUAGAAAUCAACAUCCUUUAGCCGUUUAUGUAGAAGUAUAGGAAGGUAUUUCGUUGUGCUGGUGCUCAUCAGGGCCUGUGCUGUCAGCUAACUGGAACUGGAUCGUGUUAAUGGCUGGAAAUGGAGGGUGUGGGACUGUCUGAGAUGUAAUUAUAUUUUAUGAGGAUCUUUUGUAAAACAUCACGAGCAGACGAGACCAUUAACCGAGGCCUUUCACAGUGUUUUCUCUGUUGUGUCUUGAAGAAAGGUUGUGGCAUUCUUAAGAACGGCUUUGUCUUUCUACACUUCAGACAAAAUUGAGCUCAUUUACGGAAAAUACUUUGAGUGUUAAUAACAUGGUUGUAGAUAAAAGGUGAUGUCUGUUCCAAUGCCUAUUAAAAUGCUGUGUAUAAUCGCUA